AUGCCGACCUUUAUCGAGAAGCCUGAAAAGGCUACCAAGGACGAGGCUCCCUUCCUCCCCGAUGAGCCUGCAGGGCCCACUGUCGUCACUGCGUUUCCGGGUCCUAAGAGCAAGGAGGCAGUACGAAGACUUGACAAAGUCUUUGAUGCUAGCGCGGCGGUCCUCAUGGUAGACUACCACAAGAGCUAUGGCAACUAUAUUGCCGAUGUUGACGGCAAUGUCAUGCUGGAUGUGUACGCCCAAAUCGCCUCUAUCCCGGUGGGAUACAACAAUCCUACUUUGCUAAAGGCUGCAACCUCUCCGGCUAUGGCGUCCGCGCUUAUCAACCGUCCCGCUCUGGGUAACUUCCCUCAGAACGAUUGGGCUAGCAUCCUAGAGACGGGGUUGCUCAAGGUGGCACCCAAGGGCAUGAACCAAGUCUACAUGGCCCUCUCAGGAGCCGACGCAAACGAGUUGGCCUACAAGGCUGCCUUCAUUUGGAAACGGCAGCAAGAACGAGGUCAGCGCGAUGCAGGAUUCACGCAGGAAGAGCUUGACAGCACCAUGCUCAACCAUCAGCCAGGAUCGCCCAAUCUUUCCAUCAUGUCAUUCAAAGCCGCUUUCCACGGCCGUCUCUUUGGCAGUUUGUCCACCACUCGCAGCAAGCCGAUCCACAAGCUUGACAUACCUGCCUUUGACUGGCCUCAGUGCCCGUUCCCAGCCAUCAGGUAUCCCCUUGAGGAUCAUAUUGAGGAAAACGAGUGGGAGGAGAAGAGGUGCUUGGAGGAAGCCGAGCACAUCAUCAAGAGCUACCCCAGCAAAGUCGCCGCUGUCAUCGUGGAGCCAAUCCAGUCGGAAGGUGGUGACAAUCACGCAAGUCCUGCCUUCUUUCAGGGACUUAGAGAGAUUACGAGACGUCACAAGGUUCUCUUGAUCGCUGACGAGGUCCAAACCGGUGUUGGGGCGACUGGCCGUUUCUGGGCGCAUGAACAUUGGGGCUUAUCUGAUGAUCCUGAUAUGGUUACCUUCUCGAAGAAGGCUCAAACAGGCGGUUUCUACUUUGGCAACCCUGAUCUGAGGCCCAAUAAGCCGUACCGAUUAUUCAACACUUGGAUGGGAGACCCAGCCCGUGCCAUCCUCUUCGGUGCCAUUAUCGACGAGAUUGAGCGACUGGACUUGGUGAAGAACACAGGUACAGUUGGGGAUUAUCUUUACAGCGAAAUAGAGAAGCUGGCCAAGAAGUAUCCCGGAAAGUUUGGCAACCUACGAGGCAAGGGAGAGGGAACAUUUAUCGCGUUCGAUAACCCUCGGCGGGACGAGUUUUUGGCUCUAGCUAAAACCCAUGGCAUCAACCUUGGCGGCUGUGGGGCAUCGUCAGUUCGGCUGCGACCAAUGCUGAUAUUCCAGAAGCAUCAUGCGGACAUCCUUCUAGGAGUGUUUGACAAGAUUGCAAAGGAGCUUUGA